CUUGAUUCUUCUGUAAAGCUUUUACCCAGUAUCAUCAACCUAUGUGCAAGCUCCUCUGGAUCAUCACAACCCUUGCCUCUACCAAUCAUACCGCCUAAUCAGUCUUUUUCAUCCUCUCCAAGCUCCCACCAUUACCUAGCUAUCAAUCACCGUCCAGUCGAAGGAAAACAAUAGACAGAUAAACAACACCAACAAUGUCCUCCUCCCCUGGCCCCUACAAGCUCGUCACCGUCAACACGGCUCCCGACCGCGCCAAGCGUCUCAUCGGCCGUGUUGUCGAAGACGUCAAGGACAAGUACACCAUUAUCCAUGUCGGCAACGCUGCCUCAAUCGAAGAAGUAAAGUCUGUAGUCGAAGAACACCGACCCAACAUUCUGUUCACGGCAUCAAUGUGGACUCCCGAAGAAGCUCAUCAGAUCAUUACCAUUGCCAAGGGAGUGGUCGGCGAGGACCUCAAGACUUUUUCUUUGCCGCAGGGGUUGCAGGUGAACAAGGGACCGGAUACGGUGGUGGAGUAUAUUGAGGAGAACUUGCCGAGUUUGUUGGGUUAAACAGUGGUGGGGGAACUUGUCAAGGCUCUUCUCUUCUUCUUGAGAGGCCAUAAAUAGAACGAGUAAAGGGUUUACUGUGUACUGUGGCUUGUGUAUUCGCGAAUACCUUGGGUGACAGGAGGUGUGAAGACGCGAGGAGAUGGAAAUGGAGCAUCGAAAUGUCUAGACAAGAGUUAUC